GAGGCGGGCUGGAGGCGGCUUGCUGCUGCCGCUGCUGCCGCUGCUGUUGGUGCGUUUGUGCCUCCUGUCCAAGCUGGGUUUUAUUUUGAGGGUCGUAAAGUAACUCUACUCCGGCACAAGACAUUUUUCUUCACUGAACUGGCCUGUAGGAGGAAGAACCUCAGUUCUCCAGGAGGAGAAAACGACUUAGUUUGACAUCCGGUGGAGCGAAAAACAGGGGGGAUGGUGGCUCCGUACGAAGGCCAGGCUUUUGCUGCUCUGAGGAGGCGGUGCAGACUGAAUGGGACCCUGUUUGAAGACCCUCUGUUCCCGCCAUCCGACCAGUCUCUCUUCUACCAGGGAAAUCGCAUUGGACACAUUACCUGGAAAAGACCCAAGGAGUUGAGCAGCAACCCUCACCUGUUUGUAGACGGGAUCAGUGCUCACGACUUGCACCAAGGCCAGCUGGGAAACUGCUGGUUUGUCGCUGCUUGUUCCAGUCUGGCUUCCAGAGAAGCAUUCUGGCAAAAGGUGAUUCCGGACUGGAAGGAUCAGGAAUGGAACCAAGAGAAACCGGAAACGUACGCCGGGAUCUUUCACUUCCAGUUCUGGCGGUUCGGUCAGUGGGUCGACGUGGUGAUCGAUGACCGGCUGCCCACGGUGAACGGAGAGCUGGUGUACUGCCACUCCAACGACAGGGACGAGUUCUGGAGCGCGCUGGUGGAGAAAGCCUACGCCAAGCUGUGUGGGUGCUAUGAGGCUCUGGACGGGGGCAACACCGCCGACGCCCUGGUGGAUUUCACCGGCGGCGUCUCUGAGCCGGUGGAUUUGACGAAGGACGAGAUAAAAGAAGAAGAGGAGAAACACGCCAAUCUGUUUGAAAGAGUCCUGAAGGUUCACGACAGAGGAGGCCUCAUCAGCUGCUCCAUCCGGGCGGUUUCUGCAGAGGACAUGGAGGCCAAGCUCGCCUGCGGCCUGGUGAAGGGCCACGCGUACGCGGUGACCGACGUCCGCAGGGUGAGGCUCGGCCACGGCCUGCUGGCCUUCUUCAAGUCGGAUAAACUCGGCAUGAUCCGCAUGAGGAACCCCUGGGGCCAGAGGGAGUGGAACGGACCCUGGAGCGACAGCUCUGAAGAGUGGAAGCGGGUCAGUAAGAGUGAGAGGGAGAGGAUGGGCCUCACUGUGCAGGAUGACGGCGAGUUCUGGAUGUCGUUUGAUGAUUUCCUCGCUAACUUCACUGACCUCAUCCUCUGCCGUCUCAUCAACACAUCCCAUCUGAGUUUACAUAAGACCUGGGAGGAGGCCGUGAUGCGGGGCUCUUGGCGUCGCCAUGACGACCCGCUUCACAACCGUGCCGGAGGCUGCAGCAACAACAAGCUGUCCUUCCUUCAGAACCCGCAGUACGAGUUUGACGUGAAGAAGCCGAGAGAUGAGAUACUGAUCUGUCUGCAGCAAAAGGACCGCAAAACCGCUCAGAAAGAAGAACGAGGAGAAAACCUGCCCAUCGGCUUCGAAAUCCAGAAGGUGGAGCUGAACAGGAAGUACCGUAUGCAUGUCGUGCAGCAGAAGGCUGGAGGAAGCAUCUUCAUCAACUCCAGGUCUGUGUUUCUGCGCAUCACGCUGAAUGAGGGCCGUUACGUCGUCAUCCCCACGACCUUUGACCCCGGCCUGGAAGGAGAGUUUCUGCUGCGCAUCUUCGCCGACGUUCCCACCGACUGCAAGGAGUUGACUCUUGAUGAGCCGCCUCAGACCUGCUGGUCCGGGUUGUGUGGUUACCCGUCUCUGGUCACUCAGGUCCACGUGCUACAAGCUAACGGACUGGCAGGACAAGACUCGGACAGAGUCUCAGAUCCGUAUGUGAUCAUCCGCUGUGAAGGAGAGAAAGUUCGCUCUGCGGUUUAUGAAAACACCUGCAGCCCCGUCUUCAACACCAAAGGACUCUUCUACAGGAAGAAAGCCAGCCGACCAAUCAGCAUCGAGGUUUACAACCACAACAUCUUUAAGGACGGUUUCCUGGGCCGCGUGUCGGUUCCGGCCGAGCAGGGGAAGGUCCAGAAGACGCUUCACCUGAAGGAGAAAGGCGACGAUAACGACCUUCCUGGGACCAUCAGCCUGGUCAUAGAGACCAGCUCAGUGCUCACCAGCAUCUGACACCUAAACCUUUUAUAUUUACAACAUCUUUUCUUUCUUUUUUUUAAAAAUAAAAUCUCUUCAGUAUGAACUCAAAACACCAAAUAAAUCCUCCAGGUUUAUCACCACUUACUUCAAAAUAAAGUUUUGUUUCCACACAUUAAAGUAUGAAGGAAUGUUUGGGGCAUGCUAAGAAGAAAUAAAAAAUAGUCAUAAAAUUACAAGAACAAAGUCAUAAUUUUAUGAGAAGAAAGUUGUUAUGAGAAUGAACUCCUAAUAUUACAAAUUUAUUCCUUUUUUAAACCCUGUCCCUAAUACUGUGUUGUACGUUUCCACAUUGGGCCUUUUGCUUUUAUUUCUUACCUUUUAUGGUGUUUUUCUAUAUGUGGCGCUUUAUAUUAUGAAGGUUAAUUUAGUUUUUAUUACCAUUUCUAGUUUCAUUUGUAGAUGUAAUUAAUUAAAAAAACGCAUAUUAAUGCAUAACUGUAUUAACUUAAAUCUUUGUCUGUUUUUGGUAAAAUCAUUUAGAGAAUUUAUUAUAAAGAACUUAUUCCAGAAAGGUCAGAGGUCAGGCGUGACUUUGUUGGGUGUUUACACUUCUGCCAUUAGGGGGCGCUGUGUCUGAUAGCAUGAUGCUGUUUUUUUUUUUUUUUUUUUUUAAACAGUGCCAACUUUUACAACCGGAGUUAAUUAACAGAAAUAAACGUCAGAAACGCGCCUGCGUUUGUUUCCGGCUGGUUUACGUGUCGCUGCUGCCAUUUCUGUGUUUAGAAUAGAUUUAAAAAUGAGUUUAUGUGACGGCUGAAACUUUUACCUGUGAAAACAAAACGGACCAACAACACAACGCUUAAAUCUUGAGCAAGAAUUAUUUCAUCUUCUCUGCUUCAUUUUUAUUGAUUUAUGAUGUCAUCAUAUAAAGCCUUUUGUCUAUUUGUACAUGCAAGAUAAAUUUAUUAAACUUUUCCAGUCAAAGAU